AUGCUACAUCUAGCAAGGAAACUUUCUCAAUCAUCGUCUGCUUCCAAUACUUUCUCUGUAUUUGAAGAUUCACAAGAUGAGUUUGAUAUUAUUGACAAGCGAAAUGCGGAAGUUCAAACCGACAAAGAUAACUUAGUUGAUUCAUGUGAAAACACUGCAUUGAGUAUACCCUUCGACUUGGAGAGCUCUCAAAACCACGAACUAUCAUUUUGGUCAACUGCUGCAAAGAUGAAAGUAGCUGAGCUAAAUAGAAUAAGGGAGGAGAAUGAUCAAAUACAACAGGAAAUACAACAGAAUAUUAUUCUCAAAAACGAGAAGUUAGAGGAAUAUGAAAAACUUUUUGUAGCAGCAGCAGCCUUAUUAGAGGGUGAUGAGAAUACUGAAGAAGACGGAACUACUAAUUCCAAUAAUUAA